AGCGGGAAGCUUCUUGACAGCUGAGGCUGAAGGUGUGGCCUGGACCUGGAGAAUGGAGAAGUGAACCAGCUACCAGCCGCUACAGGAAGUCAACAAGAAAUCGCCGCCCACAUAAACCACACUACGGUUUUUACUUGUUUUUCGCCAAAAAAGAUAAAGAAAUGGACCAAAUUGUUCAGAGCCAAGUGAAAGAGGUGCUCCAAAGAGUUGAGCAGCAUGUGGACUCCGAAAUUGAAAAACUGGAAAAGCUGGAUAUUGAUGACUUUGAAAAACUUCGUGAGAGGAGACUCGCCAACAUGAAGAAGGAAGCUAAACUGAAGCAAGAGUAUCUGGCAAAGGGGCAUGGCGAGUACAACGAAGUGGCUGAUGAGAAGGAGUUCUUUGAGUUGACAAAAAAGUCUAAAAAUAUCGUCUGCCAUUUUUACAAAGAUGACACUCCCAGAUGCAAGAUUGUUGAUCACCACUUGAAGGCCUUGGCCCCGAAACACCUUGAAACUCUUUUCUGCAAGUUGAAUGUCGAAAAGUGCCCGUUCCUUACUGGCCGGCUGAGGAUCAAAAUCAUCCCGACCAUUUCUCUUGUGGUGGACCAGAAAACCAAGGACUUUAUUGUCGGAUUCACCGACCUCGGAAACCGUGAUGAUUUUACCACCGAAGUGCUUGAAUGGCGGAUUGCCCAGGCUGGCACAAUCAACUACAGUGGAGACCUGUCCACCCCUCCCGAUCAGGCCGAACGCAAAACAAGGUCUUUGCUGGGCCAGACCAAGAGCAUCCGGGACAAAGACGACGACGAAAGUGACGGACUGGACAGUGACUGAUCUCUUAAAUCCAAGCUGGCUGCAUUCCAUGGCAUCUUUCCCUUUGCUAUCUGCUCGAAAGCGCACUUAUUUUUCUUAUAUUGGCUAAUCAAUUGGUAUAACUGCAUACACACUGUGUUAAGGUGUAAAAAGAUAAAAAAUUACUAAUUUAUUCUAA